AGCAGUCAGAUGGCUCAGGUCAGGAGUCUUCGAGCAAAUCCAUGCCAGGUGGGACACAUUUGUCCUGAGUCACCUGUCCAGAGCAGGUGGUGAAUGUUGUGUCCUGCUCAACUAUUGGAGCCUGGGAUCGGACUCAGAGGCUGGCCUCCGUAUGAGAACGGAGCAUCCAUUUCUCAAUCCUUGCCGGCUCUGACCCAGGCCUGGGCCACAGGCUCUCUGAGGUGGUGCUGCAGUCCCUGCUGGGCAGCUGGAGAGAGGAGCGAGGGAGGUGGCAGCCCCGGGGGACGGUGUAUAGGAGGGACUCAUGAAGUGGCAGCUAAGCCUUGUCCAGUGGCCACCCGUCAGCCAAGGGCCAGAGACCAGGAAAGGAAGAAAGGCAACUUCACUUCCCCUUUGAGGAUGGAAUCACACAGCCGCACUGGAAAGAGCAGAAAAUCUGCAAAAUUUCGGUCCAUCUCCAGGUCCCUGAUGCUCUGUAAUGCUAAGACCAGUGACGAUGGUUCUAGCCCUGAUGAGAAAUAUCCUGAUCCCUUUGAGAUCUCCUUGGCCCAGGGCAAGGAGGGAAUUUUCCACUCAUCUGUGCAGCUGGCAGACACGUCGGAGGCUGGGCCAAGCAGCAUUCCUGAUCUAGCACUGGCCUCUGAGGCUGCUCAACUGCAAGGAGCUGGGAGUGAUCGAGGCAAGACCUGUAGGAGGAUAUUCUUCAUGAAGGAAUCUUCCACAGCAUCCUCUCGAGAAAAGCCUGGAAAACUAGAAGCACAAAGUAGUAACUUCCUGUUUCCUAAAGCCUGCCACCAAAGGGCACGCAGCAACUCAACCAGUGUUAAUCCCUAUUGCACGGGAGAAAGUGAUUUUCCAACGACCAAGAAAUCCGCAGCAUCCACAGACAGGCAGCCUUAUUCCCUCUGCAGUAACAGGAAGUCUCUCUCUCAACAGCUGGCCUGUUCAGCAGGAAAGGCUGCGGGCACUUCAAGGCCGACACGGUCCCUGAGCACAGCUCAGCUCGUGCAGCCGUCCGGGGGCCUCCAGGCUUCUGUUAUCUCCAACAUCGUGCUGAUGAAAGGCCAGGCUAAGGGCCUGGGCUUCAGUAUCGUUGGAGGAAAAGACAGCAUUUAUGGCCCCAUUGGGAUUUACGUCAAAACCAUUUUUGCAGGGGGAGCAGCCGCCGCGGAUGGAAGGCUACAGGAAGGUGAUGAAAUUCUGGAGCUCAAUGGCGAAUCAAUGGCUGGACUAACACACCAGGAUGCUUUGCAGAAGUUCAAGCAAGCCAAAAAGGGGCUCCUCACCCUCACCGUGAGAACCCGCCUGAUGGCGCCCCCUUCCCCGUGCAGCCACCUGUCUCCCGCGCUGUGCCGCUCCCUGAGCUCCAGCAGUUGUAUCACCAAGGACAGCAGCUCCUUCGCCUUGGAAAGCCCCUCGGCCCCCGUCAGCACCGCCAAGCCCAAUUACAGAAUCAUGGUGGAGGUUUCUCUGCAGAAAGAGGCUGGCGUGGGCCUGGGCAUCGGCCUGUGCAGUGUGCCCUACUUCCAGUGCAUCUCCGGCAUCUUUGUCCACACGCUGUCUCCGGGAUCCGUGGCGCAUCUGGAUGGACGCCUCCGAUGUGGGGAUGAGCUUGUGGAAAUCAGUGAUUCCCCUGUGCACUGCAUGACACUCAACGAAGUCUACACCAUCCUGAGUCACUGUGAUCCUGGUCCCAUCCCCAUCACCGUCAGCCGACAUCCAGACCCACAGGUCUCUGAACAGCAACUCAAAGAAGCUGUGGCCCAGGCGGCGGAAAACAGCAAGUUUGGAAAGGAGAGGCAUCAGUGGAGUCUGGAAGGUGUCAAAAGGCUGGAAAGCAGUUGGCACGGGCGGCCUACCAUGGAGAAGGAACAAGAGAAGAACUCAGCGCCCCCACAUCGCAGGGCUCAGAAGAUCAUGGUCCGCUCCAGCAGUGACAGCAGCUACAUGUCUGGGUCCCCGGGGGGAAGUCCUGGGGGUGGCAGUGCUGAGAAGCCGUCCUCCGACGUGGACAUCAGCACUCACAGCCCCAGCCUGCCCCUGGCACGGGAGCCAGGGGUGCUUUCUGUAGCAUCCUCCAGGCUGCCCCAGGAGAGCCCGCCCCUCCGAGAGAACCGGGACAGCCACCCUCCGCUGAGACUAAAGAAAUCCUUUGAGAUUUUGGUGAGAAAGCCUACGUCCUCCAAGCCCAAGCCUCCACCCAGAAAAUACUUUAAAAGUGACAGUGACCCUCAGAAGAGUUUGGAAGAGAGAGAGAACUCCUCAUGCGUGUCUGGGCACACCCUGCCCACCUGUGGCCAGGAAGCCAGAGAGCUGCUGCCACUGCUGCUGCCAGAGGAAGACACGGCAGGGAGAAGCCCUAGUGCCUCUGCCAGCUGCCCAGGACCUGGUGUCGGCCCACAGACCACAUCCUCCACAGAGGGCGAACCAGGACAGAGAAGAGCCAGCCCAGUGACCCAAACAUCCCCGAUAAAACACCCGCUGCUUAAGAGGCAGGCUCGGAUGGACUGUAGCUUUGAUACCACAGCCGAAGACCCUUGGGUUAGAAUCUCCGACUGCAUCAAAAACUUAUUUAGCCCCAUCAUGACUGAGAACCAUAGCCACAUGCGUCUCCAGCACAAUGCCAGCCUGAGUGAAGACGAUGGGACACAGGGCCACCCAGAUGGGACCCCACCAAAGCUGGAGACGGCCAAUGGCACUCCCAAAGUUUACAGGCCAACAGACAGCAGCACUGUGAAGAAGGGUCCCCCAGUGGCUCCCAAGCCAGCCUGGUUUCGUCAAAGCUUGAAAGGUUUGAGGAGUCGUGCUUCCGACCCAAGAAGGCCCCCGGAUCCUGCCUUGUCUGCCCAGCCAGCGCCUGCUUCCAGGGAGCACCCAGGACCACACACCCAGGCUUCCUCCUCCUCCUCCUCCUCCAUCAAGCAGAGAAUCAGCUCCUUCGAGACCUUUGGCUCCUCUCAACGGCCUGACAAAGGAGCCCAGAGACUAAGCCUACAGCUCUCCUCUGGGGAGGCAACAAAGCCUGUUGGGAAGCAUGAGGGAGGUCGGCUUCCUGGACUCUGGGGCCGAGGGGCUGCACCCACUCUUGCACCCCAGGAGACUAAGCAAGUGCUGCCCUCGGGGUCUCCUGCAGCCUCCGAGGCCAGAGACCCAGGUGUGUCCGAGUCCCCUCCCCCAGGGCGGCAGCCCGGUGAGAAAACUCUUGCUCCUGGCCCAGACCCGCUCCUAAGGCUACUGUCAACACAGACUGAGGAAUCUCGAGGCCCAGUGCUCAAGAUGCCAAGCCAGCGAGCACGGAGCUUCCCCCUGACCAGGUCCCAGUCUUGUGAGACGAAGCUACUUGAUGAAAAGACCAGCAAACUCUACUCCAUCAGCAACCAAGUGUCAUCAGCUGUCAUGAAAUCCUUGCUGUGCCUCCCGUCUUCUAUCUCCUGGGGCCAGGCUCCCUGCAUCCCCAAGGAAGGGGCAUCUCCAACAUCAUCAUCCAACGAAGACCCAGCUGCAAAUGGUUUGGCUGAAACAUCUGCCUCAGACAUGGGGUUCUCGCUCAACCUUUCAGAGCUGAGAGAAUAUACAGAGGGUCUCACAGAGGCCAAGGAAGCUGAUGAUGGGGACCACUGCUCCCCUCAGUCUGGUCAGUCUGUCAUCUCCCUGCUGAGCUCAGAGGAAUUAAAAAAACUCAUCGAGGAGGUGAAGGACCUGGAUGAAGCAACAUUAAAGCAGUUAGACAGCAUUCACGUCACCAUCUUACACAAGGAGGAAGGUGCUGGUCUUGGGUUCAGCUUGGCAGGAGGAGCAGAUCUAGAAAACAAAGUGAUUACGGUUCACAGAGUGUUUCCAAACGGGCUGGCCUCCCAGGAAGGGACUAUUCAGAAGGGCAGUGAGGUUCUUUCCAUCAACGGCAAGUCUCUCAAGGGGACCACGCACAAUGACGCCCUGGCCAUCCUCCGCCAAGCUCGCGAGCCCAGGCAAGCUGUGAUUGUCACAAGGAAGCCGACUCCAGAGACCGUGCCCGACCUCAACUCCUCCACCGACUCUGCAGCCUCAACCUCUGCAGCCAGUGAUGUUUCUGUAGAUUCUACAGAGGCCACAGUGUGCACGGUGACACUGGAAGAUGUCUGGAGGGCUGGGCUUCAGCCUAGAAGGAGGGAAGGGCUCGCUGCAGGGAGACAAGCCUCUCACCAUUAACAGGAUUUUCAAAGGUAUGGGGUGUGUCUGGUUCCUUGCGUGCUCUCCAGUUGUGGGC